AGCCAUUGGCUCGAGGAUUGAUGACAUCCGCAUCCGCAGCCCGAUGACGAGCGCUGUCAUGCGUGACUAGGUCCGAUCCUGCGCCCAGGGCUGGUGUGCCCACGCCCUCCCUGCCAGGGCGGGAGGGCGUGCACUCCGAUCCCGGUCGGCGCCCGCCCCGGCGCUGGCGCCGGCCCCCUGGGUUCGCGCGGCGGGCGCGCGGAAUGCCUCGUUCGCGGUCCCGGCGGGACAGAAGGCGGAGCCCGUCGAGGAGGAGGCGCAGCCCCUCGCGAAAGAAGCGCAGCCCCUCGCGGAGGCGCAGCCCGCCCCGACGGCGCAGCCCCUCGCGCAAGCGAAGCCGCUCCAGGGACAGGCGAAGGAGCCCCAAGGAGGCGAGGCCCAAGACGAUCGAUGAGAUCCGGGCCGAGCGCAAGGCGCGGGAGGCGGCCAACACCCCUGAAGCGAGGGUGGCGGCCUUCAAGGCCAAGGUCGCCGAGGAUGCCAAGAAGCUGAUGGAAGAAGAACAAAGAAAGGCAGAAGAGGCAGCUGAAGCUCAGAGGAGGCAAAUUCGAGAGGCAGCGAUCGCUGAGCUCUCGGAGGCAGCCUCCGAGCUUCGCAAAGCUUCAGAGGCAGGGGAAGUGGGCAUGGCAAUGAGGCAGGCCAAGAUGCGUCUCGCGAUCGCCACCAAAGCCGCGGCCUCUGCGGGCGUCUCCCAGGAGGCGAUGGUGGAGGCCACGGCGCCCCCGAAGCCGCCCGCGGAGCCCAGCGCCGAGGAGCAGCUGGAGUCCGAGCUGGCCAGGGCCGCGGCGGCGGGCGAGGGCGGGGCCGCCGAGGGCGGGGCCGCCGAGGGCGAGGCCGCCGAGGGCGAGGCCGCCAAGGGCGAGGGCUCCGAGGGCGGAGGAGAGGCGGACGCCGAAGAUAAGGAGGACAGUAAGAAAGAGAAGAAGAAAAAGGAGAAGGAGAAAAAGCCACAAGAGCCGCCAAAGAGCGUGAUAGUCCAGAGGGCUGCGCACGCAGCCGCGAACGAAGCCAAAGAGGCCGGGAAGUCGGCGGCAGAGAUCACAAAGGCAGCCGCCGCGGCCGCGAAGGAGAACGGGGCAGACCCGGCAGACAUCGCCAAGGCCGCGGCCGACGGCGCGAAGAUCGCUCGCGGAGAGACCGUGCGAGUGAUCGAGUACGCCCAGGACGCCGCCGAGGACGGCAGCUCUUCGAGCUCGGGCAGCUCCUCCUCCGACACGGAGGAGGUCGACGAGGCCGCGAUCUCGCAGAAGGACAAGGACAAGGCCAAAAGAGAUGGCAUUGCCGCCGUGUUCUACUUCGGAAGAGGAAGAUAGGCUCGAAAGCUGACUAUCAUUGACGCGUCCCGCGCAUACUGCCAGCCAUUGUUGAGUUCCACGUCUCUAUUGUAGACACCCGCUUCUGCUGCAAUGGUAGAGCUGGCGACCAGUGAGAUCGGUGUGAUUGGGAGCCAGCGCACAAUUUCGUAUGCCAGGUUGUUAGAGCGCAUCGUCGACUCCUGGUAGAACGUUUGCGCAAGUGGGCGCGUGACUUCUGAAUAUGAUCAGAGCUUGGGGUGCAGAUGUGUAUAAAACUUCUCUAAUCCUCGUCCAUGGGGCUGUUAUUCCAUAAUCAGGCGCUCGCAUACUGCGACUUGACACGAGAUAGAUCAUGGCCUUUGCUUGACGCAAGGUGUCAAGGGGCACGCCCGUUAGUAUCACGGAGUACAGUUGCGGCCUGGCAUUAAGAUUGCAAG